AUGGUGCGAAAGUUACGUUUUCACGAACGAAAACUGCUGAAGAAGGUCGAUUUUAUCAAUUGGGAAGUUGAUAAAAACAUUCAUGAAGUGACUGUCAUGCGUAAGUUUCAUGUCCAAAAACGCGAAGAUUACACAAAGUACAACGACUUAUCUCGUCGUAUACGUGACCUCGCACGGAAAAUCAAAGAAUUAGAUCCCAAUGAUCCAUUUCGCCUUGAAGCAACGCGAACUUUGUUAGAAAAAUUGCAUUCAACCGGCUUGAUUCCAACGAAAGAAAAUCUCGAAUUAGUAGAUAAAAUCACUGCCAGCCGAUUCUGUCGACGUCGUUUACCCGUGAUAAUGACGCGCAAUCAUAUGGCACAACAUUUACCAGCAGCUGUUAAAUUUAUUGAACAAGGACAUAUUAGAAUUGGACCUGACAUUGUCAGUGACCCUGCAUUUCUCGUCACAAGAAACACAGAAGACUUCAUCUCUUGGACCGAUAAUUCCGCUAUACGCAGACAAUUGUUGGACUAUCAGGACAUGGAAACAGAAAUUGUUUGA